UCAAGGGUCAGCCUCGCGGUGACCACGUGGGUGUCUUGCCUGUGGGGCACCGCGCGUAGUGCCCACAGUGGUGGGUCGAGGGCCGGGAGCAUCGUCCUUGUGGCUGGAGUGGCCGAGGGCAUUACCCUCACUGGCCCUCACCUGGUCCUCACCCUCACCACUAUGUAAAUAGCGAGCCCUCAUGCCACCCGCCUCACACCACCCCCCGCCGCCACAGCCUCCACCACGACACGCCCUCGAGUCCACGCCACGCACACCGACGCCGAGCUGCUCUGCCGCCCCGCACCUACUCCAGGCGACUCCUGCAAAUCAGCUGAAGACUCAAGACGCCUCCUUAAGCAGCUCGCCAAUUUGUACCUCCAGUGUGUACUCCGGCGUGAGGCGAGGCUUCAUCCGCCCAGCGUACCAGCCACCUGCCUGUCUCUGCCGUGGCAUAGGUGUGAGGACCAGCUACCCCCAUCCCGCAGGAAUGGCGUGGUUGGUGGCGGCGACUGUGCUGGCUGCGGUGGUCAGCAUAGCGAGUGCUGACGCUGGACACUUCUUCGCAGAGACCCCCAAACACCUGCCCAGGAUCGGACGGAGAGGGGAUCUUCCGCCCUUGACCACAUUGCUAUCAGAAGAAGACGCCCGAAGUUCCGGUGCAGGUACUCGUAGCAUGACAGAGGCACUGGCGGGGCUGGACAGCGAUGGGGACGGCUGUAUCGGAGUAGCAGAGCUGCUGCGUAUUCCUGCAGUGAGGGUAGCACUCCUCUUACAGAAUCCCGCCCUCCUAACCCCAGCCAACCUCGCCACGCCAGAAGUUGAUGCACAUGCCACCGAGGACACCUUUGCCUCAGAUCGCCGACCCGAACCCCGACUCCUGCGUUACCUGCAGAAGUGAGACUCGAGCGUCGCUCGAAGGAGACUGGAAGGAGAGACAGCAACAACAACGAAGAAAGACACCGCCAGGGACUCCACUGUGAGGAAGCAUUCGUAACGUAAUGCUAAGCUUGAAUGAGCGUAAAGAAAACGUGACAUUUCUUAUCUCUCAUCUUACGCAAAUGAAUAAAGAUUAGACGAAAGGAAAAGGAUGCCAACAAUCAACAAAUUAAUAACAAUGUAGAAAUCACUGAUCAUAAAUGCAUGACUAUGACAAGGAUGCGAAGUAAUAACAGAAAAGAAAGGACUUUCACACGAACAUCCUUGGACGGCCGAGAUGAGGUAAUAAAGAGACAGGCAGUGAAUGCAAUCAAGGAAGAGAUCGACGAAACAACGCAAAACCGUCUUGAGACCCUGAAAACGCUGAUGUGCUUCCUGUUAUAGCCACACAUACUCACCGUGCCAGCAGCAACAUCCCGCGUGUGGCAAACAGUAGCAAGCAUCUGAGAGUCGUGUUUGAACAGUAUUUAAGAAAGCCAAGGGUUACAGUGAGAGAAGAAAAGACAUAUCUAAAGAAAAAAAAAAACUUUCUCUAUACGUUGUUUUUUUUUUCUUAUGACAAUGUUACGCUAUUUCUUAGACUAUCUUAUUUAUGUCGAUAUUUAUUAUUUAUAGAAUGUGUCUAUUUAUUAAACGUUUCAAUCUUGGUGUAUCGGA